GCGGAACGAUAUUCCCACUUUUAUAGAUAUUCUCAUAUGGAUGGCGCAUUGCUCUCACACAACGUCCUGCUGCAGGCUGUGACUCACUUGUAACUCCAAGAUUCCUCAAUUCGCGUUUCUUUUAUCUCAAAGAUGGAUGCGUUCACUCCUGAAUGUAUCUCUGAUGACAAUGCAUCUAAUUCUCAUCAAGGACCCAACGUUUCACAUCGACCAGAUCCUUGUAUUUUAGAGCAGAUUGUUCGAGCCCGAUUACAUCAGACUACUUCCGCUCUCGUUCAGGACUCGGAUGAACGCUCGACGGAACAGAUCUGGUAUGCGCUAUUUGAACGUAUCUUUCUGUUGGAGGACUCGAACCAUGAAUCAAGCGCGGGGCCACGUGAUGAUCUCCUGUUUUUUGUUAACAAAAGAUUAUUCGUGGACGCGAAUCCUCUUCUACAAGUGCACAGAAAGAAUAGCUCUAAACUCCCCACCCUAGAUGAUCCGUCUAUCGAUUGGGAGGAAACCAUCUACCUCAAUUUGUUGAUGCAGUUCUUCGUGUAUGUAGUUACGGUGGCUGUGUGCACGCGAACUGGCCCGCAGGAGUUGCAAAUCCUCAACAAAUUUUCCGAGACCGUGUAUGCCUCUCCGAGCCGCCGACGCAUGGACAACAAGCGAGACAGCGGAGAGUUUGCUUAUCCGGACUUGUUUUUCCAUGUGGACAACUAUGAAGAGGUGUUCUCUAACUGCGUUCUGCGAGACUGUGAGUGCCUUUGUGUGGAGUUGACUGCCUACGAUCUCGGUGGAAGACUGCAGGGCGUGUGCUUUCUUGGUGCCAUUCAAUACGGGUCGCUUAGAAAACUCUACGAAUCAAAGCCCCGUACCUCCUACUUUGCGAACAACCUUGGCUUUCUGGGCAGACGUUUUGGUAGCAUCUCCAAUACACAAAUGUGUCACCCACGUGAACCAGCCACUACGAAAUUCGUGCAACUCCUUGGUCCUCAUGCUAGAGGCUUAGUGGAAUUUGCCGUCAUCUCCUUGGAUGAAUUCGAGGAAUGUCGUGGUUACCUAAGUGACUCGCACUUUUCUUCGACAUGCUGUUCUUGUCGUGGCAAUUUUUCGUCCGAUCCACACAAUCGAGGAUGUCCAGCCUCAGAUAAAGUGGUUGGUCCUCUUUCUGGUGUCAGUGAGCCAGUGUCCGAGUCACCAACGUUUCGGCGUGUUCAAAGCUUCGAUAAGGACACCAUUUCAGCUUGGGCUGUCUCUUCUUCUCGCCAGAGUAAGGAAUUUCCCCCGGUCAUAGACUGCGGCCAUCUCACAUCGUUAAAACCACUUCCUUGUUCUGUGAAAUCAGCUGGAGCUAGCGCCGACACAAGUCCUGUGAGAAUGCACCGGUAUUCUUGCAGUCGCGUUCUCCAACCGAUCGAUUCCUCCGCUUCUGUAAACGAACGCCGCAGAAUAUGUGGUGCCCACCUUGGACGCCCUAACUCCUACCGUACUUCUCGUGUGUCCAAAUUGCUCACUCGGCUCACUCAUUGUGGCAUGGGUUCACAUGCGUAUUUGUCGUCCAACUCGCCACACACAAUACCUGUGGAAGCCCAUCCAGGAGCACCAGCUUGUCACGCAUCGGACAAUGCGGAUUUAGAGAGGGACCCGUGGACGAUUCCAGGUGAAGAUUCCCCUCUUGAACGCCACGGACGCGCGCAAGGCUCUUUCGCUCAAUCGUGGUCAUGGUUCAAAGAACGUAGGCGUUUAACUUCGACGAAAUUGUCCACUGGCUUGACUUUUAUAAGCCUCCCUUGCCACAGUAUACUAUCUGGUUUGCUUGAAACAAGACGAGAACCUAUUCUGAAUAUCGUCUAUUAGUUUACCGUGAUUCAUCAUCAGUGCAGCCUCAGGUUCGAGCGCACUUGUGUUCUCUCAGCAUUUUUACGGCGCCCAUAAUUUUGGCUUACUAAUUUGUGCUUCUAAUCGCCAAAUGGCUUAUGCUGUCGAAUCGGACACGAUCUCUCCACAAGUGCGACUUCGUUUACGUUCCACUAUGUCAUAACUGCCCCCGUUCCCCCUUUUGCCGUUCAGAUAUUCCAUUGUAUAUUUUUUCACAUCGAUCAUGCAUUGGACACUAACAUGAUGUCUUUCUAUUAGAUUAAUUUUACUUCGUAUACUUUAUAGCUGUUUUCUUUCGCUCGUUGUUGUUUUUGAUGAUGUUUCAUUGUGGAUGCACUUUUGCCUCCCUCUUCACCUUCGUUCGAAAAACUGUCAUACUGAUUACCAACCAAGUGAACCCACUACCCAUUUGACUUUACGUCCUUUCGUGAAAUGGUUUUUUUCAUAUACAUUCCUAGCUUUAGACCAUUCCUCGUCACAAUGUCUCCAAAUUUUACGUGUGCCAACCGCUGAACCAAUAACGCGUCACACCAUGUACUUAAUCACCGGUUGUUAUUUCGAAG